CAAAGGAGGCAAAAAAAGGCAAAGAAAAAAGGCAAGGUUUAGGGUUUAGGGUAAGGACGUCCCAAGGAUUCCGAAUUGCGCUAACUCUGUGCUCUCCAGCUCUCUCCUCAUCUCUCUGAGGCGCAGGAGCAGUAAAGCACUCCAUCUUUAUCCCAAGCCUAGGGAGAACCAGCCGAGACAUUUGAUGGGUAGGCUUUUUAUUUUUAUUUUUAAAGGGCCAGAAGCAAAUUGGAGGGAGUUGAAAUAUACUAUUUCAGCCACCAUGGACUUUCAAGGAAUCAUUUGAUACUCUGAAAGAUGGAAAAACGUUUUUAUAUGCAAUAAGAUUGGAAUCUCAAAAGCUCCUGUCUUUGCAAAGCAACCCUCUGCUCAGCUAUUCUUUCACUGGCCUGUCUCUGCCUCGUCCCUAGCUGGAGACGUUUCACAUUGGAAAAUACGCUCAACGCUCCCCAGUUUACGAUUUUAAAAAACUUCGACUUUCAAUUCGGGAUAUACUUUUUUCGUACAGUGGAAUAUCGUUAAAGGCAUGUUAAUGUUUUGGAGUUUGUGUUAGAUUACACGGGAACCAUGGGAAUCCCUCAAAUAACCUGCCCCAGAAGGAACCCCUAGCAUGUCUUCAUGAGCCACUCCUGGUUCCAUCUGUUGCCCCAGCCUCUCUGAAUCUGAUUCAGUGUCUAUGGCUCUGAAUGACCGAGACAAAUAUGGAAAUCUCGUUGGUGUUCAGUAGUAAACUAUGAAGGGUCUGAAAGGUUAGGAUUCACAGUGAGCUUGCCUCACAUCACACAGACCCCAGCCCAUACUUCAUCCAACUUUGAGAGUGAAAUUGUAGUGCACUACAAAGUCCUCUUUAUUGGAAGACAAAGAUGCCAUGUACUCUGAAGUCUCUGGUUGAUGUGUGAUAUGCUCUAAGGUGUUGUGUACUAAACCAACUAGAACAAUGAAUGGAGGAAAGGACUAUAAGGGAGGGGUCUCAGAGGGGGUGGGGCAUACAGCCCCUGUCCAGGUCCCUAUUGGCUGGCAUCGCAAGGUGGAUCCAACUAAUGGAGUCCUCUACAUCAGUCCCAGUGGCUCGGUGCUGUCCUGUCUAGACCAGGUGAAGAGCUACCUGCUCACAGACGGGACCUGCAAGUGUGGCCUGGAGUGCCCACUCAUCCUCCCAAAGGUGUUUAACUUUGAUCCGGGGGCUGCCGUUAAACAGAGGACGGCAGAGGACGUGAGGGCAGAUGAAGACGUCACCAAGCUGUGUAUCCAUAAGAGAAAGCUGCUGGCUGUGGCCACUCUACACAAAACUAUGGCGCUACCACACCCUGCUCUGACCCUUACCAGUCCCGGUGGAGGUACAAGUUCAACAUCAAUGGCCCCGUCACAUUCCACGAAUCCCCGAGCAAUACGGAAUACAUCUCACCAGUCACCGCUACCCAACUCUGUGGUUCCCAACUGCAAGAACCCUUUCAAAAUGAUGAUGGCGGCUGCAGCAGGUCACCGGCACUUUCCCCAAGAGCUAGGAGGUCCACCCCAGCAGCUGGAGCUUUACCCUGGUUAUCCCAACAGACAGCAGAGACUGAGCAGUGAGCCUGGGCCCAGGUCUUCGUACUGCUCUGGCUAUGGUAGCAUGCUGAGUCCAGGGGGCCCCGGCUCCCAGCUCUAUGGGCCCAGGGACGGGUCACCACUCUCCCCUAGCCUCAGGUCUGAUCCUCUGGGGAGCCCAGAUGGGUUUAGAAACAACCCCUGUGGCUUCCCUGGAGCCACCAGCUCCAGCCCCAUCCACGGGGCCAACAGAACGCCUCUCUCCCCACCAGGGAUGCUCCUCCACGGUUCUCCGACUGGGACCCAGACGUCCUGCGCUAUGGCAGGAAGGACUAGCACACCCCUCUCCCCUACCGCCACUGCCAAAAGCCCAGUCAUGAUGAAGAAGCCUGUGUGUAACUUCCCCAGAUCCCCCAGUAUGGAUAUUUCCAUACGACCACCGUUUCACCUCAAUACACAGCCCAGCGCCCCACACCCUGGCCCCCCGUCUGCCAUACCUCCCUCCUGUACCCUCCAGAAAAAGCAGAUGACCUCUGAAAAGGACCCGUUAGGCAUCCUAGACCCCAUCCCCAGCAAGCCUAGCAUCAGUAUCAGCCAGACAAACUCCAAAACAAACUCCAACUUCCACCCUAGUGUCCACUCCUCUCAGGUACCAAUGAUGAAUGUAAACAUGAACAACCACCCUCCUCCCGCCAUUGUCCCCUUGCCAAGCAACCUCCCUCUCCCCACUGUCAAACCCGGCCCAGUGGGCCACAGCCAUGGAGGUCACAUGCAGAGGACUCAACAUCAGACCUCCAUAACCACCUCCAUGUCCCCCUCCCCCGUCACCUCCCCAGUCCACAUGUCAGGCCCUGUCCUGGGCAGCAGGAUGGAGGCCUCUCCCCAGCGCUCUCGCUCCUCCUCCACCUCCUCGGACCAUGGGAGCUUUGCCAUGCCCUCAGGCCCCAGUCAGGGUCCGUGUGGCGGGAUGAAGGCUCCUCCUCGCUCCCCCCGGCCCGCCAUGCCCAUUAACAUGCCCUCCAGCCCCUCCUCUGCCAAGCCUGACUCACACCCACUUCACCAGUACAAAGACCUACCCAGUCAGCUGCUGGUUGAGAUGAGUAACCAGAACGCUAUCAACACCCAGCACAACAACCCCGGCAUGUACCCCUCUGCCACCUCCUCUGGCCCCUCCAUCGCUGCUCCUCACCAGGCCCAGAACCAGAAGGGACAGAACCACCCAGGACUGUUAGGGAUGCCCCUCAACCAGAUCGUGAACCAGCAGAAUGCUGCGUCCUUCCCCGCCAGCAGCCUACUGUCAGCAGCAGCCAAAGCACAGCUAGCAAAUCAAAACAAACACGGUGACAACAGCAGUGAGACUGGCAGUAGAGGUGGAGGCCCAGGUAGGGUUGAUGGUAAUGGUGGUAGUAGUGGAGUUGGGCAUCCCAGUGGCCCUCUCAGCGGCAUAGAGAGGCCCAGAAGCAGCACUUUAAACCCCAUGCUUCCCCCUAACCCCACCAUGCCCUCCACUGCGGAAGCAGCAGCAGCAGGGGGCCAGAGCGGUCGGGCUGCCCUCCGGGACAAGCUCAUGGCCCAGCAGAGAGACAGAGGAGACCCCCUGCUCCGUAAGCGCAAGCAGCAGCCGCCAGGCCCACCACCGCCCAACAACUCCCUCAACCACCACGACAGCAUGGUCUUCAACAUGCUCAACAAGUCUCCUAACAUGGGUGGAGGUCCAGGUCCCAGGCUACCACUACCAAGCUCAGCAGAACAGCUGAGGAAAGUGGCCCGGCUUGGGGGCCUACAGACCAACACCUCCAUGGCCCAGCUGCUUCAGUCCAUGAGCAACCACAACAACCACCAUAACCAGCACCAAGGCCCUGUAGGCCCCCCAGGACCUGGUCAGAUGCACUACAGCGAUGUGGCUGGGGUCAUGCCUCCUGGAGCCUCCCAGCAGCAGAGCCUACUGGCCCAACAGAGGAUGCUAGGCCAAGGGGAGGGUCAAGGUAUGUACUGCCGGAGUAUAGACUCUGGAGGCCCUCAUUCUCACAGCCCUCGGUUCCCAGGGUUGAUGAACCAGAUCCAAGCCAAUUCUUUGGUGAACUGUGGCCCUCUGGGGCCCGGUGGACAAGUGGGCCUUGGCCCAGGGAACAUGCCCCUGAGCCACCAUCCUAACACUAACCCACCACCACUGUCCCACCCAAGUCAACAUCUACAUCCGCAGCAUCAGCAGCAGCACAGUCACCUUCACGCUGCGCUGGGAAGGACUAGUAUGUCAGGAAUGACACUCGGCAACAAUGAUGGGAGUUGUGGUCCAAUCAUCUCGGAGCCAGGAGACCCAUCUAACCUCGUAAACUGCAGCAUGACCAGCCUCCAGCCCCACGUCAUCAACAGCUCCAGCGGUGGUACCCAGGUGUUCCAGCAGCGUCAUGCCCAGCAGCAGCAGCUUCAUCAGGGCAUUCAGCGGGCCAUGCAGGGCCUCCCUCCUGGCUACCAGGGCUCACAGCAACCUGGCUUCCCUGAAAACAACAACUCCUCCAACGCCCACCCUAUGGCCUGCCUGUUCCAGAACUUCCAGGGGUGUUUGCCAGACAACAGCAUUUCAGUCCCUCACUCACAGAUGAUCUCUCAGUCUGGUAUGACAUCACUUCCUGAGUCUCAGGGGAUGCUGUCACACACCCAGUUUGGUGUCAGCCAACAGGAGAUGCAACAGACUCAGGGAGAGGGGCUUCCCCCAGGGAUGCACGGCUCUGAUAGGCUACCCAGCGGAGGGGUGGAGUCUGUAGAUGCCAUCUACAGGGCUGUGGUGGAUGCGGCCAGUAAAGGAAUGCAUGUAGUCAUCACCACCACGGUUAGUGGCACUACCCAGUCCAGCCCGGUACCCACUCUCAGCACCAUGACUGCCUUCACUAACUCCGUAGGGGAGCAGGUCAGCAUCAACCACAACCUCCCUCACAGCCAUGCUGCAGUCAGCCAUAGUGGCCACCGGGUGGCGCACCAGGAGGGGGAGCAGACACCGACCCUGAGCCAACAGCCCAGACCCAGGCAGGUCAGAGCAGGACGGCCCCGGAAGCACUCUGGUCAGGGGAAGAGUACUGUUAGCAUCCCCGAGGGUCAGGGAGCACUUCCAGAGGCCUCCCACCAGGACUACUUCAGAUCCCCAGGCCAUGGCACCCCCAGGGGGCAGUGGGAAGGCGAGACUGGGUACUCCGGAAGUCUGGACAGAGGUCACACGGCAUGGGGCGGUGAGGAGUUCCUAGAGUGCUCCACUCAUGUCCGCAGCAGCCCCUGUAUGGAGAGACCUGGGAGUCUUGCUCCUGCACCCCCCUGUCCAGCCGACAGCUCCCCCCACGAAGGUCACCACCACUCUCUCCCCGUCCCCUCAGACAAGGCCUUCCUGGAGGAUGGAUUCAACCGCUUCAACAACUGCAACCGGACGGCCGUGAACAUCGUUAACUACAAAGAGAGGUUGGAUCAGACUGUGGAGAGAUGCGCCCAUAUGAACGGAGGUGGCGUCGGACCCCCCCAGGUCCAGUUCUCUCUACGGGGGUACGGUGUGUCUGACCCCCUCGGCCCCCCCAGACAGGGGGACCUAACCGGGGACGACCAGUCUCCCAGCUCCUCCACCAGCCUGGAGGGUCCGUUGGUUAAAGAGUACGUGGGCCACUACAACGGUCACUUCAACGGAGGCUGUGUCCCCAGCCCGUCUGACACCAAGUCCCUGAGCAGCGAGGAGGACCUGAGGCAGCCGGACAGCCCAUCGUCAGAGAUGCUCCACUAUAGACCCAGGACGUUUAACAUGGGGGAUCUGGUCUGGGGACAGGGCUUUAAAGGGUUCCCAUCCUGGCCUGGUAAACUGUCAGGGGAGGAGGCGGGGCACAACCAUCACCAUGGCAGCCUGCAGCUCAGAGAGGACAGCAAGGUGAGAUGUCUUCAGAGACAGGUGGAGACUGAGAAGCUGAAAACACUGUCACAUGACCUAGAGGCCCUUGACAGAGCGACCAAGAGGAACAGAAAAGCUGGGAAGUUGAAUAAUCAUUUAGAAGCUGCUAUACAUGAGGCCAUGAGUGAGCUGGACAAGAUGUCAGGGACUGUUCAUCAGAUCCCUUCCAGAGACAGACAGGUGAAGCUGCCCAAGCCCAAGAGGAGAAAGAUCUCCAGAUAACGUUGAAUGUGUUUGGUCAGCUAAUGACAGUCCAGUAUCUAGCCAGUGCCCAGCCUUGGAACAACGGUUCAGACCGCCCCCGCCGCGACCUUUGAACUCCAACCAGGUGCUACAAUAUGGAUAGUCGUGGUACAUUAUCGUCCCACGACCUCCCUAGCUGACUGACAUUGAAAGUCCUGGAAAAGACAAACAAAAAUAUGACAGUUUUGAAUUUCAACUGUUAAAAAACAACGGUUGUAAUUUGUCUACAGCUAGCUGAAUGACAACUAUUUUUUCUAGAAUAACGUAUUUAAAAAAAAAACUGAUAAAUAGAAGAAAAAUAUUACAUUUUAAAGAAAAUAGACAGUCCAAAUAUUUCUGAUACAUUUUCAACAUGUAUAUAGGUAAUACGGAAGAUUUCAUGAAUAUUAAAAAAACGUAUGUAAAUAUUGUACACUGGUAAUGUACAACAUACUUAAUAAUGCACAUGUGAACUUGUAUUGUACAAAGCAGCAGCAGCAGAAGUGCACCGAUGUCCUGGUUUUUAUUCAGCACACGCAGACGUUCUGACUGUAUGCAAGGGACAUGGAAAGACGAGAUACAGCCGGAAGCUUUUACAUGGUGAUGUUAUAGACCUGCUGUUUAUUGGAUUGACCAGCAGGGUCUGUAUUCAGAAAGCAUUCGGGGGGAGUAGGAGUGCUGAUCACGGAUCAGUUUCACUUUUAAUAUUAUAAUGAAUAAGAUGACAUAUACAGAGGGGGGCCUGCUACUAGAUCAUCACUGGCAGUAGCAGUAGGAUCAGGGCCCCCCCCCUCCCCCCUUUGUCCACAUCAUCUUAAUUAGGAUCUAAGAGGGGCGAGACUGAUCCUAGUUCAGCACCCCCAACUCUGAGACGCUUUCUGAAUCCAGACCCAGGAGAAACGGGCUUCACUUCAACACCACUAAGUGUUUGUUCAUUUUAUGCGUUUUAAAAACAGAGUGAACUUUACCAGCUGAAAGGCUUUCUGUUUCUAGGGUUACCAUAGAAACAGGAUGAUUGGAAUGAAGCAUCCUUCUAAUUCCAGGAUCUCAACCUACUAAAACCAACAGACUGUUGUCCAAUACCAGUCAGCUGUUUUUUCCUCAUUUAAAUGUUCUUUUUGAUGUGAUUUUAUUUUUCUUAAUAUCAUUUUCAAACAGUGUCAUCAUUUUAUCACACAGCUAUAGCUUUAGAUCACGUAACCAACCACAAGCAUAUGACGUAAGAGUGGAUUGUGAAAAUAACACUAACUGCCUGAGGUAAAAUGGUGGAAAAGAGUUCAUCCUACAAUUUAGGGGCCUUAUGUGUAGUUUAUUUGUUAUAAAUUAUUUAUGUACAGUAUUUCAUAUUUAUUUUAAGCUUUACAAUAUUCUAGAUGGCAAUAAUACAACCGAGAGUUAUAAACUCAAAGCCUUACGUGUUUAUUUGACACAGAAAUAUGCUGUAUUCAGUUUAGCCAUUAACCUGACUGUUUUCCAGUCUGAUUUCAAAUGUGUUCUUUUUGGAUCCCGUGACGUUGUGUCCUACUGUGUUUUUCCCUUCUGCUAGCUAUCUCUUCUGUCGUGUUUGUUACAGUAGACCAUGUCCUGAAGAGGUCAUUGACUGCCUCCUUCCAGAAAGUUAAGGUUGCGUAUCUCCAGUCUCUGGGGACCAUGCUUAUUUAUAAGCAUAAGGUCUGAAAAUGCUUCACUAUAUAUUUAGGCAGCAUGCGAUCUUUAAAAAAAAUAAUAAUAAUUCAGAAUCAACUUUUAACAACCUAAAUGAUUCAUUAAAACCAGUGCAGAUAGUACAAUAAUAGUUUAAAGGAUAGAAGAAACGUUUAAAAUGCAUAAUGGGCAGUAUGUCAUAUUAGUAUGGAAAGAAAGAAGUGAUGGUUUGGGCCUUCAGGCCGAGCCCUGUCGGUUUGGGCCUUCAGGCCGAGCCCUGUCGGUUUGGGCCUUCAGGCCGAGCCCUGUCGGUUUGGCCCUUCAGGCCGAGCCCUGUCGGUUUGGGCCUUCAGGCCGAGCCCUGUCGGUUUGGGCCUUCAGGCCGAGCCCUGUCGGUUUGGCCCUUCAGGCCGAGCCCUGUCGGUUUGGGCCUUCAGGCCGAGCCCUGUCGGUUUGGGCCUUCAGGCCGAGCCCUGUCGGUUUGGGCCUUCAGGCCGAGCCCUGUCGGUUUGGGCCUUCAGGCCGAGCCCUGUCGGUUUGGGCCUUCAGGCCGAGCCCUGUCGGUUUGGGCCUUCAGGCCGAGCCCUGUCGGUUUGGGCCUUCAGGCCGAGCCCUGUCGGUUUGGGCCUUCAGGCCGAGCCCUGUCGGUUUGGGCCUUCAGGCCGAGCCCUGUCGGUUUGGGCCUUCAGGCCGAGCCCUGUCGGUUUGGGCCUUCAGGCCGAGCCCUGUCGGUUUGGCCCUUCAGGCCGAGCCCUGUCGGUUUGGCCCUUCAGGCCGAGCCCUGUCGGUUUGGCCCUUCAGGCCGAGCCCUGUCGGUUUGGGCCUUCAGGCCGAGCCCUGUCGGUUUGGGCCUUCAGGCCGAGCCCUGUCGGUUUGGCCCUUCAGGCCGAGCCCUGUCGGUUUGGCCCUUCAGGCCGAGCCCUGUCGGUUUGGGCCCUCAGGCCGAGCCCUGUCGGUUUGGCCCUUCAGGCCGAGCCCUGUCGGUUUGGCCCUUCAGGCCGAGCCCUGUCGGUUUGGGCCCUUCAGGCCGAGCCCUGUCGGUUUGGGCCCUCAGGCCGAGCCCUGUCGGUUUGGCCCUUCAGGCCGAGCCCUGUCGGUUUGGGCCUUCAGGCCGAGCCCUGUCGGUUUGGCCCUUCAGGCCGAGCCCUGUCGGUUUGGCCCUUCAGGCCGAGCCCUGUCGGUUUGGCCCUUCAGGCCGAGCCCUGUCGGUUUGGGCCUUCAGGCCGAGCCCUGUCGGUUUGGGCCCUCAGGCCGAGCCCUGUCGGUUUGGGCCCUCAGGCCGAGCCCUGUCGGUUUGGCCCUUCAGGCCGAGCCCUGUCGGUUUGGGCCUUCAGGCCGAGCCCUGUCGGUUUGGGCCUUCAGGCCGAGCCCUGUCGGUUUGGCCCUUCAGGCCGAGCCCUGUCGGUUUGGCCCUUCAGGCCGAGCCCUGUCGGUUUGGCCCUUCAGGCCGAGCCCUGUCGGUUUGGGCCUUCAGGCCGAGCCCUGUCGGUUUGGGCCCUUCAGGCCGAGCCCUGUCGGUUUGGCCCUUCAGGCCGAGCCCUGUCAGUGCUGUCGUGGAGUUGUUUAGAGGAGAAAUCACUACUGAAUAGAAGUGUGUUAAUCGGAGACUGUCCCCAUAUAGAACAGCUUCACUACGUUUUGUGCUGAUGAGAUUUGGAUGCGUUUUAUUGCCCCAUUGAAAACAGACUUGUUAUAUUCACUACAGCGUGUUGUGUGCAAUACAAAUAAGUUACAUCAUAAAUCAUUAAAACAACUUCAGAACGUCAACCUUUAAAAAAUAUAAAAAAUUAUAAUCUGUGUAACCGUUCAUGUUAUUCAAACCAUGUCUAGAUGGAUCAACUGUAAUUCACUCCAGACAGAAAAGUAUUUCACUCUACUUCUAGAAAAGUAUUCAUGCUUUUAAUGAAGCUUUUCUCAAAUACUCUUGAGAGCAGUCGAGAGAACACGUGAAGUUCAUUCUGCCCUUGUGCAACGACCGACAGACCCAGUCAGUCUCAUGUUCAAACCCCAUGUUGUAUAACGUCUUUUCACUUUUACCUUUCUGUUGUCGGUCAAAUGGUCAGUGCAGCACAAUUUAUUCACACGUGUGUGUGUGUGUGUGUGUUUUAUUUUUGGAGGUGUGUGUGUGUGCUGUUUUUCUUACCCUUGCUUGCUCUUUGAAUCUUUAUUUGUGUGUUAUUAACAUGUUGCUGUUGUCAGUGUUGUUUUUUCCACAUGUAACUAAGUUCUCACUAAUGUGUGUGUGUGUGUGUGUGUGUGUACUUUACAAAAAGUAGACUCCUUUGUAAAGUGUGUUGUGCACUUGAUGUCAUUUGUUGCAUUGUGGGUGCUAGGACAAAUAGUGUGAAGUUCCAUAUUUUCUCAUUGUUUGGCGUUGUCUAUUAUUUCAUGUCAGCAGCCGUUUUUUAUUUUGUACAUAUUGUAAACAUGACGGGUCAUACAGUGAUGUAACGUUUGAACAAUGUUGCACAGAUGUUUUAAGAUAUUAAAAACUGGUCACUCCUA